AUGUUCGGGACGCGACAGUGGGGGCCAGCGCAGUCUUUGCUCGCGCUAGCACCGCUGCUCAUUGGGUUGCCGUGGGUUGCAUUAAAGCACCAGUAUUCAUUACCUACGCCCAUUGUAGACCAAUAUGAUUCUACGACCUUACUGCCUCAGCUCUCUGAAGCAACAAUCCUCCAAUAUGCCAAGUACCUGUCAGAGGAUAUCGGAUUCCGCACGCCUGGCACCCGUGAACACGCGCUCGCAGAUGCUUGGAUGACAGAGAAGGCUUACCAGCUCAAAGAGGAGUGUGAACGUGUCAUAACCGCGCAACCCGGCCGUAAGCUCCAAUGUGAGGUAUGGAGGCAAGAGGGUAGCGGUAGUCAUCGCUUCGAUAUGAUGGCUGCGAGGCUGUAUAAGCGUUAUGUCAACUUGAGUAAUAUCAUCAUACGCCUGAGCGAUGGCACGGACCAGGGAAAACUUGACGCAGUGCUCAUCAACUCACAUCUCGAUAGUACCCUUCCUAGUCCAGGCGCUGCAGAUGAUGCACUCUCGGUUGGCGUGAUGAUUGAGUGCGUGCGGGUGCUGGUGAAUACCCCUGGGUGGGAGCCAAAGCACGCGGUUAUAUUUUUGUUCAAUAAUGCGGAGGAGUCUCUCCAGGACGGCUCUCACCUUUUCUCGACCCAGCAUCCUAUUGCGUCUACUGUCCGUGCUGUCGUCAAUUUGGAAGCUGCUGGCACUGCAGGUCCUGAACUUCUGUUCCAGGCGACGUCUCACGAGAUGAUUGAGGCGUAUUCUCAUGUGCCUCGACCAUACGGAACUAUCUUCGCAAACGAGAUCUUCAGCUCCGGUGUAUUACUCUCUGACACUGAUUUCCGGCAGUUUGAGUACUACUUGAACGUAACCGGGCUUGACGUACCAUUGCAUAGAUGGCAAGUUGUGGGUAACAGUUACAUGUAUCACAUGCGCGGGGAUCUGGUAGAAAACAUCGAGGCAGGCGUUGCACAGCACAUGGCCGAGAACACAUUCGCGCUCAUUCAACACCUCACUUCACCUGCCUCACCACUACCAAGGCUCGCUUCAGGCUACGGUCGCCCUCGCACUGUCUUCUUUACAUUCUUGGGUGUAUUCUUCGUCUACUCGUUCCGCACAGCUGAGUUGCUGUACUCGCUACUUUUCAUUGCCAGUUGUGUGCUUGUCAGAAGCGCUGGCGGGCCCAGUGCAAGAGGUGCAACGAUGGCGAAGGCAUUAUUUUCUGUGAUCUUUGGAGGGCUGGGAGCUCUUGUUGGAGCGAAUGCCGUUGCGUUCAUGAUGCAGCAAGUGUUGGGCCGGGGAAUGAGCUGGUUCAAGGGCGAGUUUGAGCCGUUGAUAUUGUAUGGCCCCGCCGCGAUGUGUGGAGCGCUUCUAACUCAACUGCCUUUGGCCCCAGUCCCUGAAAAAGCCCUCCUGCAUGCACAACUCCUUGCCUACGCGUUCCUGGCUGCAGCAGGCCAGUUCGCUGGUGUUGGAUCAAGUGCGGUGUUCUUCCUUAGUGCAGUCUCGACAUUUGGGGCCUUGUUUAUAGAUCGGGUGACUAACUACUUGAGCGCCUCCACCGCAAAUAAUGCUGGGGUCAAAGAUGGCUUGGUGAGCCUGUGGACAUAUGCUCUGGGCCAGACCAUCCCACUGUUGACGGGAACUCAACUGACGUCUGCGACUUUGGUUGUGUUCGUACCGCUGACAGGGCGUAUUGGCUCUGAGGCUCCAGCAGAAUACAUAAUCGCUUCCAUCGUGGCAAUCCUGGGUUCUUACACGUUUAAUCUCACUACGCCAUUCGUUCACCGAUUUGGUCUGCCUGCUUUGCGUAAAGCAGUCUUAAUUUCGUUCCUUGUAGUGGGCGUAGUGAUGGCAGUGUUUGCCAGAAAGGAGGUAUUUGAUAAAAAUCAUCAAAAGAGGCUGUUCGUGCUUCAUAAAGAGGACUUGAACACACGGGAGCAGCACCUCCAUAUCGCAGCGGCAGACGGCGCGCCUGGCUUUGAUGGCCUGGUUCAUGAUAUCACAGCACACUUCGGUGCAAACGGGAUACCCCCCAAAGCUGUUGUCAUGGACGACUGGAAUAGUGAUUGGGAUACAUUGUAUCCAUUUUCAGCGUUCCUCUCACCGUACAAGGUUGACCUCCCGCUAGACCCGGCGUAUGAUGCACCUUGGCCGCCAGAAGAGCAGUUCACGGUUUCAGCCGUCAAUGAUACCUUCGAUGAGAACAAGGGAACGAGGACUAUGACACUGAAGAUUGACCACCCGGGGAUAAUGUGGACUGUGAUUGCAUUCGAUGCACAUGUACUGGAGUGGACGCUAGAUAACAGCCCACCGGAGGAGUUUGCACGACACCACAUCAAAGAAGCGUCAUUCUACGGGACUGAUGUCUGGACGGUGGAUAUGAUGAUCAAGUGGCCGCCGCCCUCGAACGCGCAUCCCAGAUCGUCUAAUGUGGACGGAUUGAGGGUGAACUUCAUUGGAAUUCAGGAGAAGCGCAUGUGGCCCGCAAAAAAGGCUGAAGCGGAUGGAAGUCAAGCGAUGCAGCUGUUCAAAGAGUUCGAUGCAUGGCUGGAUGAGAAGACAGGCGGUAGUAUAGAUGCGCUGUUGAUGGGGUGCGUGAGCGGAGAGGUGGUCGUGUAG